GCGCACAGCAGUCAGUCAGCACAGUCUAGCAAGCAGGUAAAACGACAACCAGGGAUAAGGUGAAACCGAAAAGAAUCCUGCGGAGUUAUGGGGAUUACUGUCGACUAUUAACCAAGCUGGUUUCUAAUAUAUCAGAAAAUGUCCAGUAGAAAUCAACACUAUGGGUUCCAGUCAGCCACCAUGGUGCAGCCUGCAAACGGUGGCCAUGCCUACCUGUUUGGAACCAACAGCUCAGAGAACGACCUGUCAGAGGAGGACGGAGAGAGCUUUGAGCUCCGGUCACGCGGUAAAGAGAGGAUGCGGAACAGCACCUCCAAGGAGCGACUGGACGACAUCAUUUACCUCAGCAAAACCAUCCAGGAGGGGGACACCCUGAACAGCAUUGCCCUGCAGUAUCAUUGCUCAGUGGCCGAUAUUAAACGAGCCAACAGCCUCUUGACAGAACAGGACUUCUUCGCUCUACGUUUGAUUAAGAUCCCUGUGAGGCGCUUCAGUGUCCUCACAGAGACUCACAUCGUUGGUCCUUCUAAGUCUGCCUCACCCUCUGGGGCCAGACAGCUGCCCCAGACAUCGGCCGCCCUGCCUCUCCCCACAGAGUCCUCCACAGACUCUUGUUCUUCUGCCGACAGCGUCGAAGGAUUCCUUCUAGAGAAGGACAAGGACAUCGAGCAGCUGGUGAAAUCCACAGGACCAUCUCGGAGCAGCCUCAGUGAGGUAGUCUCAUCCUUGACGCAGCAGCAGCCACUGCUGGGAGAAGUAGAGCGUAAAAAAGCUCAGAGAAAGGACCCCUACUAUGGAGCCGACUGGGGCAUGAGAUGGUGGACUGCUGUUGCCAUCAUGCUGUUUGUUGGGGUCGUCACACCUGUGUUUUAUCUGCUCUACUAUGAGGUUGUCGCAAAACACAAGGAUGGUGCCGCUGUACAUACGGUCACCGUCCCGACUAACGGAGAUAAGCACGCUGAACAGAUGAAAGGUAAAAUGUUGAACGUUCCUGAAGAGAACGGCCGGCCUGCAGAGGCACCUAAACCUGAGGACAAAGCAAACCUACAGAGAGAACCCGGAGAAAACGCAGCUGCUGCCAAUGAUCCAGUGCUUAAGAAAACGUAGGAUUUAAUUCCCACAUGUAAUAAAGUCAAUUUAUUAAACUCCUUUUCCUAAUUUCAAAUAGCCUUAUCUUAAUGAAAUGUUAGUCUGAGACGGAUUGAAAAUAGUAAAGGCUGGCAAACGGGUAGUAUUGCAGUAAUGUCAGUCUGUCCAUUUAUGAUUUUUAAAUUGAGAGCUAUAAGGGCUGGAAGAUAAUAAACCUCACAUUUUAAUGCCAGCUGAGUCCCUGUACCCAGUGUAGACGGCAGGAUUUGUUCAUUUAUAUUGAUGCACUUUAAACAAGCUGUGGAGGAAUAUGUAUCUACGAAAUGAACUCAUUUAUAAAAGCUGUGUCCUCAAAUAUUAGUUGUGGAUUUUCUGCAGCAUUUUUAUUUAGUUUUGUCCAAAUCUGAGCUGGAGCUAAACCACUUAAUGUUAUUUGAAAUGCUAGACUGCUAAUUAGAAUUAAUUUAUUGUGAAAAGUGAGCAGUCUUUUUUUUUUUUUACACUAUCAGUAUUUGAUGACUGACUCUUUUAGAUAGCUAUAAUGAACCACCCUGUUAUUCCCAUUGAAAGUAAGAGUUUGAUGAAACAUUUAAAAUCUUUUUGCAUAGCCCUUUUAUUCAAUCAGUGUUACUUGGAUUUUCUUUAGCAAAGCAUAAUUGACAGUAUGUGCCUUUAAACUGUGGUCCAGC